AUGACAUCUCUCACACAUGAUGGGCUCCAGAAGAGAUCUACAGCACAGAGAUCCAGACAUGACACCUACAAUCAUCUCAAAGGAGCAGCUCCCUCUCAACAACAAGCUGAGAAAGCCAAGGGUGGAGAACAUGCUCAGAGAUUGUGUCAACUCAAGCUCAAGUGUCUUCUGGCUCCAGAGUUCCUCAAGCAGCAGCCUGAUACCAAGCUGGAGAAAGCAGAUAUCCUGGAGAUGAUGCUCAACUUCCUGCAACACCAGUUCACAUGCUGUCAAUCAAUGCUUCUCCAGGUGUGUCGUGAGAUUGUGCACUUCCUGUCCGAAGAUGAGAUGAAGACAGAGAGCCAGAGAAGACUGCUGAAGCACUUCCAGUAGCUGCAGACUUCAUGUGAGCAGAACAGGAGGGAAAGUGUCCUGCCAGACCAGAACACCUUCAGCAAAGAGAUGAAUGUCAACAUGAGCUCCAUCUGGAGGCCUUGGUAGAGCCUUAAAGACUCAGACUGAACAUCUGCACUAGACUCAGUGAACUAUUAUGCUUUCAGUUUUUCUUUUUGAGAAAAAGUGUUUCAUGAGUUCCAGUUUGGAAGAGAUAUUUGUACUGCUAAGUGCUCUGAUGAUUCGAUCUUCUAUGAAGACUUAAUGUUGAGUUCCAGAUGGGAACAUCUACUGACGUCUAUAUUAGACACUGACUUUAAGAUACAUCUGCAUGUGAUGUGAAAGAAACAUUGUCUUUAUUUUAAAGGCCAUUUAUUAUCUGAUAACUUCUCAGAUACUAAUGCUUUGUUCUAAAAGCAGAAAAAGAGUGAAUUUCUUGAUAUUAAUAUGAUGGCAAGAAUCUUGCUCCAUUAUUAGUUCUGUACUGUUUACAUAAAAUGGCUCAAA